AUGUCUAUAGCAAAGCCGCUGCUGGGAGAUGUCAACCAGCGUGUUUUGGAGCAAGAGCGUUUGCAGCAACAGGAGCAUGCACGUCGCUUACAACAUGAGCGGCAACAAGUGGAACUCCAAAACCAGCUUAGUGCUCAGUUUGGUCCACCACGACCCCUGAUGUUUAUGCCAUUCAUGCGCACGUGUCCACCGGGUAAUUGGCUCGCGGCAGCUGCCCCUGAGCGCCGCAGUCCACCACAUGCCGCUCCUGCUCCUGUACCAAUUCCAGCACCCGCUCCACAGCCGCCGCCAUUGGAUCCUGAUGCGCCACUCAAUCUAAGUAAACCCAAAGACGCCUUAGGAUCCAACCUCACCCAACAACAACAGUUGUCAUCUGCCCAACAGCAACAGCUGGUGCCUUCACCGGUUCCUCCACAACAACGCAGUUUUCUACCUUACGCACCCCCACAGGCGCCACCACCUUCAUCUGAGGAGCCAGACUUUCUAUCCGCCUGCCGCUUGUGGGGUCCAGAACCACUCAAACCUGCAGAGGAUACUGAUAAGGUCCGUGCAGCUCGGCCUGGACGCCGUGAUCCCGGUGAAACCAAACCGCACAUCAAGCGACCGAUGAACGCAUUUAUGGUUUGGGCUAAAGACGAACGGCGCAAGAUUCUUAAAGCCUGCCCGGAUAUGCAUAAUUCUAACAUAUCCAAGAUACUAGGUGCCCGUUGGAAGGCAAUGAGUAAUGCAGACAAGCAGCCGUACUAUGAAGAACAAUCUCGAUUAUCUAAACUGCACAUGGAACAGCAUCCAGAUUAUCGAUACCGACCGCGACCGAAGAGAACUUGCAUAGUUGAUGGCAAAAAAAUGCGCAUUUCUGAAUACAAAACCUUGAUGAGAACCCGACGCCAAGAGAUGCGGCAGUUGUGGUGUCGCGAGGGAGAUGCGGGUUCAUUCUUGCCUGAUCUGGCGUCGCCCGGUCCUUCUGCGGCUUCGCCAUCGCCUGCCGCUGGCGGAUAUUACUAUCCUCCAGACAGCUUGUCUCCUGCAGGAUUUUCACCUGAUGGGCUAGCAUACGAACCGCGCGAGGAUGAUUGACCGUCAUACGUAUAGACUUUGUGCCAACAUCGUGAUCCAAAUCUUGUAAAAUAACUGACUGCAGGGAGAUGCAGG